AUGAUGCAAAAAAUGGUCUUGUUUUUGUUUUUAUUUGUUUUUGUGCAUGGUUUUAACUUUUGGCAAAUUUGGCGAUUCGGAUUCACCCGAUUCACCGGACCAGUUGAGCAGUCGCGAGAAGGAACGGGGUUGCCGGAUGAUUGCGGACUCGCAUCGAAUCGUGACCUGUCCUGCAUCGUUAAAGGAAAACGAAGGCGGACCCGGGCGACGGAAAUCCACGAUUCGAUAAGCCGGUGGAUUCGUUCAGCGUACAAGGCGAUGCCGAACACAGCCAGAGGCCGGCGAAGUCCAUGGGGAGCACCUGAAACCGUGAAGGAAGUUGUACGAGCCCCCCAAUUAAGCGUUGCCCCCGUGUACAUGCAGGUCACUGUGAUGGAAAACACCGUGCCCCAUCCGACGCAGACCUUCGACGAGGAUAACUUUCAUGAGUUUGUAGUUUGAGAGAUCAAUAAGCAGGGCUUUUCCUCGCCGACCACCUUCCAAGUCCAGGGAUGACCGAUUGAGCUGUCCGGCCGUGACAGCGGGGAACCGCUGGUUCGCGAUUUGGAGGGCGGAGAAGGUGAUUACUACGCCGGGAUGUUUGAUCGAUUUGCUGGAGCGAGGCAUCCUGAGACAACCUGUCCCGUUGCACGUUUCUGUUGCUCGACGAGGCGGAUCGGAACCGAGCAGAUCUGGCCGGAUCGGUGCCGAUGUGGUCGAAGGAGGUUCGGGUGUUGGCGAAGGACACGAUUACAUCCAGAUUACCGUUGAUCUUGUCGGCGACCCGCAUCAUCCACUAGAUCGUGGAUAUUUAUGAGGAAAACGAACAGGAGGGCAAGUUGUUGUCGUUGCCAAGUACGUGAACAACUUUAUUACCUGGACCCGUCGGAGGAUUACAUCGGGAAGAUACAGUCACAUGGACCAGGUUGGAUUCGGUGCACUGCGGGAAAGUGGCUUCCAGAAAAACUGCUGAUUUAGAACAAUAAGUUGCUAUUGUAUGUUUAAUCUGUUUAGUUUGUUAAAUUUGUGUAUAAAAUAAAGGGUAAUUUUGGGGAUUCCGGUGUUGGGUUAGAGGGUUUCAGUUCCAGGACGUGUGGGUAGCAUUCGUGAUGCAGAUCGAGUGGAACCUAGCCGGUGCAACCAAUGUCGAUGGAGAAUAACAGACGGGUUCGAGUUCCUCAAUGCCAGCAGACGUUAAGCCUAAUCAGGCAUCUUCCCGGUGACCUUUCCUGCUUUCGCUUUUCCCCACGCUACUCGUCGAUGCAGGUCAUCAGGCUGGCCAUUCGGUCACUAUACUCCGCUCCGAACAACUGCACCCAGAUUUGGUCCGGUGAAACGGGAUGUGUCACGUGCAGAUCCCAGCUUUGUAGUUCCGAAUUUCUCAGGUGAGG